AUGUCACUAGAAUCUACGGCUGUGUUGUCGAUAGCCAGCCUACUCAACGAGGAACCUACCGAUACUGGCCCUCAAAUCAUCGAGACCUACUGGCCAAACAUCAGAGACGCUCUUCUGAAAGACCCAAGCCAAUUUGACAAUCUUCAUCUCGAGUGUGGAAUAUGUCUGGAUGAGAUGACUGUUUUCCCCCACGAACAUACUUACGAUCCAGACAUGUUGCACCUCUCCCACCGAGCCCGUGUAUUUCCAUGCGGCCAUAUAUUCGGGAGCAAAUGCGCCCUCUUCAUGAUCGAAGAAGAUCUCAGAGACGACAAACCUAUUUCUUGUCCAGUAUGUCGUGCUGAUUUCUCCUGGCACCGGGACUGCAAACAUGUUCACACCGGCAUGCCUAUGCCCACCAGCAUCGCAGCGAUAAAGAAUUUCCCUCCGACUCUAGAAGAGGGUGCCGUGAUAGCAGACAAGUGCGGCGAUUGUCAGGUAACCGAGAUCCUUAUUGGAAUCAACUACCUUGCACCUACACUUCUAUCUCCUUUCGAGAUACAUGAAGAUGAGAUGUUAUGCGUGACGGCUACUACCUUUGGUGGCAACUGGGGCAUCGCACCGAACCAACCUGGAGGGAUGAAUAGCGAUGUUGUGGAGAUACCCAUGGGAGAUGCGAUGCAACGGGUUUGCAACGAGACCAAGGCUCGUCUGAGUGAUAACGCUACCAAGACUUGGUUGUCGUUGGAUCUCGCAGGGUUUGAGCUGAGUGUUCAACGGCGUCGGAUAGGCGACGCAUAG